ACUGCCUUCUGCCUCCUGGAGCGCCUCGGUGGUGACAAGUGUCGUCGCACAAUGUGCAUGCUUGGGCAGCUGCCGAUCCAAGCACCCGGCACCGGCCCGUUGGCCGACGAGCCGCCCAUGAUGGUCUGCGAUUAUGUUUUGAGCCACACAACGCAAACAUCCCACCUCAUUGAGGAUAUUCUCGGCGAAUAA